CAAGUUGAUUCAUUUUUUAUUGCGACAACAAUGAAAGUUUAGCUUCCGCCAGCAAUGGGCGUCUCUAUUGAACAAGGCCACCGCUACCCCAUGAGACGACAUCGUUUAGUACCCGACCAUUUCGUAACAUUCGAAUGUUCCACGUAAAGUUAUUAAUGAAGAAAACAACACAUCACAAUCAAAAGCCACUGUCUCCAUAAAACAGAAGAAGAUUUUUCCAGUGACAUUUUUCUCCAGUUAAAUCGUCGAUAAUGUUAAACCUCAUCCGUCGCAAAAACAUUCCCAUCACUUCCACUUUCUCUCCACUCUAUUUCUCUUCAAACUCCAUCAAAAACACUAACACAAACAACAUCCUCCAAAUCCUAACAAACCCCAAAAACAACACCAACAUCACAAAAGCCACGUCACUCACCAAACAACACCUUCAAAACUCAAACAAACCCACAAACACAUGUUUCUCUCUUUUCCACGCGCUCAAUUCCAACCACACCACCACGCCCCGCUCAUUCGAAAUUCUCAUACUCGCACUCUGUCAACUAUCUCUCAUCCAAGAAGCCCAUUGGGUUUUCAACAACCUUAACCCUAAUCUACCUCCCUUACGCGCCUGCAACGCGCUUCUUCAUUCGUUAGUCAAGACGGGGAAGUAUGAUUCCGUGUGGCAGGUCUAUAACAACAUGAUCUCGCACGGGCUUUCACCUACUGUCAUCACGUAUGGGGUUCUAUUGAAUUGUUGCUGCAACCAGGGUGAUUUGAGCAAUGCCCGUAACGUGUUUGAUGAAAUGCUUCAAAGAAGAAUUGAACCCAAUGUGGUGGUUUACACUAUUCUCAUUCGUGUUUUUUGUAAUGAGGGUGAAAUGGAAGAAGCGGAGAGGGUUUUUAAGUUGAUGAGAGAAACUGGUGUGGAUCCUAAUUUGUAUACUUAUGUUACUCUCAUUGAUGGGUAUUGCAAAAUGGGUAAUGUUAAACGUGUUUUUGAAUUGUAUAGUGAUAUGCUAUGGAAUGGUUUGCAUCCUGAUGUUGUGACUUUUGCUAAUUUAGUGGAUGUUUUGUGCAAGGCGGGUGAUUUGAAGACUGCACGAAACUGCUUUGUUUAUAUGGAUAAGUUUGGUGUUUUUCCUAAUUCGCGUGUUUAUAAUGGUUUGAUUGAUGGAUACUGUAAGGCAGGGGAUUUGGUUGAAGCUAGGCGAUUGCGAGAUGAAAUGAAACGGAAUGGGAUUUUCUGGGAUGUUUUUACGUGCAGUAUACUUGUUAAGGGUUUGUGUGACUUGGGUAAGUUUGAAGAAUCUAAGGAUUUGAUGGAGGAGAUGGGAAAAGCAGGGGUUUUUGCUAAUGCUGUGACUUACAACGUGUUGAUUGAUGGAUACUGCAAAAUGGGGGAUAUGGAGAAGGCUAUUGAGGUUUGUUCACAAAUGACUGAGAGGAAGGUAGAUCCCAAUGAGAUCACAUUUUCUACAUUGAUUGAUGGGUUUUGCAAGAUUGGUAACAUAAAAGCUGCUAUGGGGUUAUAUACAGAAAUGGUUAUCAAAGGUCUUGUGCCUGAUGUGGUGACUUACACGACUUUGAUUGAUGGACAUUGCAAGGAUGGGAACAGCAAAGUAGCUUUCGAACUGCAUAAGGAGAUGCUGAACGCAGGACUAACGCCAAAUGUGGUCACAAUUACUUCUUUGAUUGACGGCCUUUUGAAAGAUGGAAGGACUUACGCCGCAAUCAGAUUUUUCUUGGAGAAAACUGGAGUUGGUUUUGCUGGAUAUAAAAUGGAUCAUAGUGAGUCGUGUUCUCCGAAUGAUGUUAUGUAUGCUGUUUUAAUUCAAGGUUUAUGUAAAGAUGGACAUGUUUUCAAGGCCACCAAGUUUUUCAAAGAAAUGAGAUGCAGUGGUUUCAAACCAGACAUGGUUCUUUAUGUAAUCAUGUUGGAGGCACAUUUUCGAUUCAAGCACAUGGUUGAUGUAACGAUGUUGCAUGCAGACAUGCUGAAGAUGGGUGUUCUGAGAAAUACUUCCAUAUGCCGUGCAUUGUCUACGGGCUAUAGAGAAUUGAGAUUUGAAGCCAGCUCGAAUGUGUUCUGAGCAAUUAGUGGAAUAAGGCUUUCAGUGUAUAUUUUGAUUCCUUGCAGUUGAUGCAAAUUGGACCCCUUUGACAGCAAGGUAACUAAGAAAGCUGCUUGAGUUAGAAUACAAUGACAAACGAAUUUGAUCAAGUUGGUAAAAUCACAAAUGCUGCUGGUGCUUGAUAUAUCACAAUGAAUUUCUUAACAUACCAUUGAGUUUUCACUCCAGUUAUUCCUUUGCUUGUGUCUUGCAUAUUUGGCAAUCAAGCAUUUAGUAGCACAUAAAAAAAAAUCUGUUUCGAUCAUACCCAAGAUUUUGGAUAUAUUGAGAAACUUGCAGUCCAACAUGACUGAUAUGGCCACAGUUGCAAUUGCAGUCAUGGACAGUUUGUUUUAUGCAUCCAUGGUCAUGCACAUAGCAUCACUACAAAACAAUCAUACAUAGACAUAUCAAUGAUUGGAGGGGGUUUGGAUUCCCACUUUUUAAGCUUUGAGACGGAGAACUGAUAUAUUCAGACAAGAGUAAAUCUAUGGAGCACCAUUUCAGUCUUCUAAGAACUAAACACAUACUUGAGUAAAACUAGAAGUGAUCUCGUAUGCGUCCUUUACUAUUGAUUUGUAUAAACAACCAGCUUAUUUGCUUUGUUUUGCUAUAAAAACUUAUAAAUAAGUAUUGACUUCCAAUA